AUGGGAAAGAAGGACCCUGAAGCCGAGGCGAUGGCCAACCACGUCUCUGGCCAAUCCAAUAAGCCCAUGUCCCGUCCUGCCCAUGCCCUGACUACAGACCAAGUUGUCCAGGAGCUCAGGGCCAACCCGGAUGAUGGUCUAACUCCAGAAGAGGCCAAGACUCGUCUUGACGAGUAUGGUCGCAACGAGUUCGGUGCCGAUGAAGGCGUCCAACCACUCAAGAUCUUCAUUGGACAAAUUGCCAAUGCAAUGACCUUGGUCUUGAUCCUGGCCAUGGGUGCCUCCUUCGGUAUCGAGUCAUGGAUCGAAGGUGCCGUCGUAGCAGGCGUCAUCGUCCUUAAUAUCACCGUCGGUUUUCACCAAGAGUUCAAAGCUGCCAAGACAAUGGACUCGCUCCGCUCUCUCAGUUCACCCACUGCCCAGGCGGUCCGUGAAGGCCGCAACGUCACAGUUCCUACCGUCGAGAUAGUCCCCGGCGACAUGGUUGAGCUGAAGACCGGUGACACCAUUCCCGCCGAUGUUCGCAUUGUGGAGGCUGUCAACUUCGAGACCAACGAGGCCCUCCUGACUGGCGAGUCUCUUCCAGUCCGCAAGGAGGCUGCCCAGACGUUCGACGACGACACCGGCCCCGGUGACCGCCUGAACGUGGCCUACAGUUCCUCGACUGUCACCAAGGGACGCGCCCGCGGUAUCGUCUUCGCUACUGGUAUGUUCACGGAGAUCGGCCAGAUCGCUGCCGCCCUCAGAGGAAAGAACUCUCGCCGCCGCGACGUCAAGCGCAAGGAGGACGGCUCUGCCUCUUUCGCUCGCUACCUUCAAGCCUGGACCCUGACUCUCUCUGACGCUGUUGGACGCUUCCUUGGAGUGAAUGUUGGAACACCACUCCAAAGGAAGCUGUCUAAGCUUGCUAUCCUCCUCUUCGGUACUGCUGUUGUCUGCGCGCUGAUCGUCCUGGGAGCCAACAACUUCAACACCACUCAGGAAGUCGUCAUCUAUGCUGUUGCUACUGGCCUUUCCAUGAUUCCUGCCUCUUUGGUCGUCGUCUUGACCAUCACCAUGGCUGCUGGUACGAAGCGCAUGGUCCAGCGCCACGUCAUUGUCCGCCAGCUGAAGAGUUUGGAGGCCCUCGGCGGUGUCACGAACAUCUGCUCCGACAAGACCGGUACUCUGACCCAAGGCAAGAUGGUCGUCCGCAAGGCCUGGGUGCCUGGCAAGGGUACAUUUUCCGUCAGCAACACCAAGGAGCCCUUCAACCCCACUGUCGGCGAUCUUGGCCUCCAACCCGCCCAGCCCAAGGACAUCGACUUCCGGGGGCAGGAGGCCGAAGGCGAACAGAUCUCGAACGGCGAAGAGAUGGUUCUCCAGAACAGAACACUGACUGACUACUUCAACAUCGCAUCGCUCGCCAACCUGGCCAACGUCCACAAGACUGCCGAGGGCGAAUGGCACGCCCGUGGCGAUCCCACCGAAAUCGCUAUUCAGGUCUUUGCCUCUCGCUUCAACUGGAACCGUCUUCGUUUCUCUGGCGAGACCAGCCGAUGGAGACAAAUCGCCGAGUUCCCCUUCGACUCUGACGUCAAGAAGAUGUCUGUAAUUUUCGAAGACACCGAAGCCGGCAACGACGGGAAGACUAGCAAGACCUGGCUCUUCACCAAGGGCGCCGUCGAGCGUGUCAUCUCAUCCUGCCCGACGAUCCAAAUGGGAGAUGAAGUUAUCGAACUCACCAAGGACAUUGAGCAGGAUAUUCUUUCCAACAUGGAAGCUCUCGCUCGCCUCGGUCUGCGUGUUUUGGCCUUCGCCAGCAAGUCCGACAUUGGUAGUGUCGACAACCACGAGAACCUAGACCGCAUGAACUUCGAGAAGGACCUGACUUUCCGUGGCCUGAUCGGUCUUUACGACCCUCCUCGUCCCGAGUCCGCACCCUCCGUCAAGCAAUUCCAUCAAGCCGGUGUCAGCGUCCACAUGCUGACUGGUGAUCACCCCGAAACUGCCCGCGCUAUUGCCCUCGAGGUUGGAAUUCUGCCGACCCGCAUGAACGAGAUCUCCGCCAACGUCGCAAAGACCAUGGUCAUGGCUGCUCACGACUUUGAUAAGCUCUCCGACGAUGAAAUUGACAAGCUCCCACGCCUUCCUCUGGUCGUCGCUCGUUGCGCCCCUCAGACCAAGGUCCGCAUGAUUGAGGCUCUUCACAGACGGCAGUGCUUCGUUGCCAUGACUGGUGACGGUGUCAACGACUCUCCCAGUUUGAAGCGCGCUGAUGUCGGUAUUGCCAUGGGUGAGAGCGGCUCUGACGUUGCUAAGGAGGCAUCCGACAUCAUUCUCACUGACGAUAACUUUGCCUCUAUUCUCAACGCCGUCGAGGAGGGUCGCCGCAUGUUCGACAAUAUCCAGAAGUUCGUUCUGCAUGUGCUGGCCUGUAACGUUGCUCAGGCUUGCACCCUUCUCAUUGGUUUGGCGUUCAAGGAUGAGACUGGCCUUUCCGUCUUCCCCCUGGCGCCCGUCGAGGUCAUGUGGAUUAUUAUGAUCACGUCUGGUCUCCCGGACAUGGCUCUCGGAUUCGAAGUCGCAGCGCCUGAUAUUAUGGACCGACCUCCCCAGAACAUGAAAGUCGGUGUCUUCACCUGGGAACUCAUGCUCGACAUGCUGGUCUACGGACUCUGGACUGCUGCUCUCUGCCUUGCAUCCUUCCUUCUUGUCAUGUUUGGCUGGGGUAACGGCGAUUUCGGCGUCAACUGCAACAACUCAUACUCGGACCGCUGCGAUACCGUCUACCGCGCCCGCGCUACUUGCUUCGCUUCCCUCACGUGGUUCGCCCUCUUCCUCGCCUGGGAGAUGGUCAACAUGCGCCGCUCGUUCUUCCGCAUGCAGCCCAAGAGCACCAAGUACUUCACCCAGUGGUUCUGGGACACCUGGCGCAACAAGCUGCUCUUCUUCGCCAUUAUUAUCGGCUUUGUCACCAUCUUCCCCCUCACCUAUAUCCCGGUUCUCAACACAACCGUUUUCAAGCACGCGCCCAUCACCUGGGAGUGGGGUAUUGUUUUCGUGUGCGCCAUCCUCUUCUUCGCUGGUAUCGAGGCCUGGAAGUGGGCGAAGCGUAUAUACUUCCGCCGCCAGGCUCGCAAGCAGCACGGCGUCAACCCGGAUCUCGAGAGCCGUGUCUUCGGUCACUACUACACCAUCGGCGGCGUCGCGCUGGAAUCAUCACCCACUCUGACGAUGGGCAGCCGCACCAUCACAAACGAGAAGGACAUGCGGGAGAAGGGUGCGAACGGGUACUCGAGUGGGUAG